GAACAUGGGCACCCAGCCACACGCUAUGACCAAAGCAGAGAUCCCUGACCAUGUUCUUUACACUGUAGGAACCUGCGUGCUCAUUAUCGGCUCCAUUGGCAUCAUCGGCAACCUCCUUGUUCUCUACGCGUUUUACAGCAACAAGAAGCUGAGGACACCCCAAAACUACUUUAUAAUGAAUUUGGCUGUGAGCGACUUCCUGAUGUCGGCUUCUCAGGCACCCAUGUGCUUUGUCAACAGCUUGCACGGAGAGUGGAUACUUGGAGAUAUAGGCUGUGACUUGUACGCUUUCUGUGGGGCACUCUUCGGCAUAACCUCAAUGAUGACCUUGCUAGCUAUUUCUGUUGACCGCUACCUUGUGAUCACUAAGCCCCUGCGAUCCAUACAGUGGACUUCAAAGAAACGGACCGUGCAGAUCAUCGCCGUCAUCUGGCUCUACUCGCUGGGAUGGAGCGUGGCUCCGCUCUUCGGGUGGAGUUCCUAUGUGCCUGAGGGCUUGAUGAUAUCCUGUACAUGGGACUAUGUAACCUACUCCCCUGCAAACAGAAGUUACACCAUGAUUCUAUGUUGCUGCGUGUUUUUUAUUCCCCUGAUAAUAAUAUUCCAUUGCUAUUUAUUUAUGUUCCUGGCCAUAAGACGUACUGGCAGAGAUGUUCAAAAGCUGGGGUCCUGCAGUCGGAAAUCCUACCUCUCUCAGUCCAUGAAGAAUGAAUGGAAACUGGCAAAAAUUGCUUUUGUCGUCAUCAUUGUGUUUGUCUUGUCCUGGUCGCCGUAUGCUUGUGUCACCUUGAUUGCCUGGUCAGGUCGAGGCAACACCCUAACACCAUAUUCCAAAUCUGUGCCAGCAAUUAUUGCCAAAGCUUCUGCAAUCUACAACCCCAUCAUAUAUGCAAUAAUUCACCCAAGAUACAGGUACAGUAAACAUAUAG